AUGGCCAUAUACUCCUUCUGGAUCUUCGAUCGUCACUUAGGUAAUUGCAUAUUCGAUCGAGAAUGGACCCUAAAAUCAAAUCAAUCGAGCGGUACCACAAAUUCAAAGCUAAAUGAGGACACCGCUAAGCUUCUCUACGGUAUGGUAUUCUCACUGCGAUCCAUAUCACAGAAAUUGUCAGGCGAAGGGUCGCAUAAUGAAAUUAGAACCAUAUCAACUGGGAAAUACCGAGCGCAUAUAUUGUGUACAGCUUCUGGUCUCUGGUUUGUCUUGCUGAGCGACCUCAAGCAAGAGGACCUUUCACAUGUCCUGCGGUACCUCUAUAGUGAGAUCUAUGUGAAAACGGUUGUACAUAACUGGUUCUCACCCGUGGAUUUUGCUGAAAGCGACAGCGAAAAGCGAGGGCAAGGGUUUCGGAAGAUACGCAAUCGCAACUUCCUGGCAAGUGUUGAACGGUUUCUAGGACCUAUGGUCAAUUAG